UUUUUAGAUAUGUGCCCGACUAAAGGAGAUAUACCACAAAUUUCAAGAAAUAAAGGGGGGUUGGCUUCUCUAUAAAUCUUCAGGAGGAUGGGGCUCCUGGAAGCUCACUCUUAUGCCACCAGAUGAAAGUGGGUACAAUCCCAAGAAUUUAAAGACAGCAACAAAUGGAUUUAAAGGAGUUCUUUACAUUGCUCCACUACAAAUAGAACUUGACACCACUGCUCUGCCACCUGAAUCUGAAUCUUUUAACGAAAUGCCAAAAGAGAAAUGCCAGAGAUGUGGAGUCAGUUAUCCACUACUGAUUCUGACUGCACACAUAAAUACCUGUGUGACCAGUGAGGAGGCUGAACAGACUGGUGAUGAAGCUGAACAGACGAAUGAUGAUGCUGACCAGACCAGUGAUGAAGCUGAACAAACCAAACAAGCAACUUGCCCCAUAUGUCAAAAAGAAAUGUCUCUCGAUGUAAUAGAGAUUCACGCAAGUUUUUGCAUGGGUGACAGUAUACAACCUCUGGAAUUAAAUGCGUCUAUGGAAGAACCAUCUACAUCUGGAGUUUACAUGCCGUUGACUUAUACCGCUGAUCCUUCAAAUGCAGCUAAAGCCACAAGCGAGAGUCAUGAUUGGAAAAUUGAACCAGAUAAAAAUAAAGCAGCAUCCUUAUACACUAAGGAAAUAAUUCACCAACAUGAGACUGGAAAAUCCCUCUUGAUGACCAUGGAUGUGAGAAUGGACAAGGAAGAUCAAGACCGAGAACUUGUUGCAUUCUACAAACAAAACGGCAUAGAAUGGGCAUGCCCUGUGAAGUGCAAACUCCAAGGGGAUGCUGCAAUUGGUGAAGGUGUGACUAGACACUUCUUUUCAACUGUUAUACAGAGGCUUCAGCAUGGUUUCAAUUUUAACAUGGGAAAUACUGCAAGGACCUGUCUCUUUGAAGGUGAACCAGGCCAUCUUGUUCCAUCAUCUUCACAAUUUCUCAUAGAGAGUGAUCUGUUCCUAGUUGCAGGACGCAUGAUUGGACAUGCAUUCCUACAUGGUGGACCUCGCCUGGCUGGAGUCAGCCAAGCAAUGGUCCAUGUAUUUCUAGGUGGUUCAGCUGAAACUGCUACAGUGCAAAUCGAAGACUGUCCUGACCAUGAUAUUCGUGAAACCAUAAAACUAAUGCUGCUACAAUGUAUCUGCUGGCCCUCGGAGAGCGGGUGAAUGAUGACGACGACGAUGACGAAGAUUGUUCGCUAGAAGAUAGAUGUCGCAUCUCGUGGUAUUUGCGUCACUUCAUUGAGACGGCAUCCAGCUCAGACCUUAAAAGCUUGGUGAAGUUUUGGCUUGGAUGGGAAGUGCCAGAAGGAAAGAUGGUAGUGGAAGUGGUUAACUCUGAGAUGCCGAGGUCCUCCACUUGUUUCAAUGUGCUAUGCCUCCCAGGUGCAUUGGCACUUCAGAAUAUGGUUUUGGCCUUGUUUAGAUCUGUGAAAUCCAAACCUGUAAUAGUAACACCAGAUCUAUAAAUUAGAUUACAUUACCAAAGUUUGUCCUGUUUUUUGGACAUUGAAGAAGUUAAAGUAAUACGUUCAUGUAUUAUUGCCGUUCUAUUUUGGAGAAGGGAAAACCCUUGCAAAAAUUA